AUGUUUUUUAAAAAAAUAUUGAGAAAUGCCAAUGAAAAUGAAAACAAUGACGCCACUAAUACUCAAGAUAAUGUAGAGAAAGACAUAUCAGAUACUAUAAAUGAAAAGGAUAGCAAUUUAAAUGAGACUGAAUGUAAGGAAAAUGGCGAAAAUUCGCACAUAAAUAACUUUAAUAAUCAGACUAAUAGUAAUGAUAACUUGCAGAAUGGUAAUAACAUUUGUUCAACUAAUGAAAACAUAAUUAAUAAUAAACCUGAUAAUGAACCAAGCGAAAUAAAUAAUAUAAAUGAAAAUAUAAAUAUAAACCAGGAUAAAACUAAUGGUAUAGAAAUAAAUAAUUCUUCAGAGGGGCAAAAUUUAUUAAAUAAUGUUGUAAAUCCAGCUCCAAAAAAAAGGGGGCGAAAAAAACGAGGGGAAGUAGCUCCAAAUCCUACCGAUUUAAAUCUUCAACUUACGAAAAGAGUGAGUGUAAAAAAUUUUAAAUAUCAUUCAUUUAUAGAACAAGAAGUAGGUAAAAAAAGAAGAGGCCGAAAAAGUAAUAGUUAUUAUGAAAAUGAUAUAAAAACAAAUGAAAGCAUGUUUUUUAAUUCGAGUAUGAAUAAUUAUGAAAACAUGCAACAUAUCGAUAAUGGCCAUAGUAUGCUUAAUUUAAAUGCCAAUGAUAACAUCAAUAAUAAUGACGUAAAUAAUAUUAAUAAUUAUUAUAUGUAUGACAGACCUCCAUAUUAUUAUUGUGAUAUUAUGGGGAAGGAUGGUAUUAUUCCACCUCCUGAAUCAGGGAUAAGUGAUUAUCAAAAUGUAUAUGCAAACGAGUUUAUAAAUAAUAAUUUAUAUAAUGGAAUGCAAACUGAUAAUAUUAAUUAUAAUUAUUAUUUAAUGGAUAAUAAUAAACAGGAAAAUCCUAUGUUUUUUCAUAAAAAUUUGAUACCAAAUGAAGUUAUGAAUACAAAUAAUCCUCCUAAUACUAAUACUAAUACCGUAGUAGAACCAAAGCGUAGAGGUCGAAAGAAAAAAAUAAGAAAUGAAAAUAUAAUGAAUAAUAAUAAUUUUGUUAACAAUACCAAUCUUGGUGUUCCUAUUAAGCUAGGCGACAAUUUGAACAAUGAUAAUCCUUUAAAUGGCCAAGUUAAUCCUCUUCCAAUUGUUGAAAAAAAAAAGAGGGGAAGAAAAAAGAAAAAUAUAAAUAAUCCACUAAAUACUGUGACAGGUUUAAAUAUAAAACAAAAUGGUAUGGAGUAUAAAAAUGAGGGAAUCAUUGAUGCUAAUACCAAUUCUAUGCAUGGGCCCCAAAUUAAUAAUAUGGGAAUUGGUGAUAUUAAGAAUGAAAAUACCGAAGGGUUCCCAUUUUCCUCUAACUAUAAUAACAAUAGUAGCGCAUUCGUCGAUUAUAAUGGUCAAUCAAAUGGCCUAAAUUUUCAAAGAGAAAAUAAUGAUAACGUUUAUAAUCAAAAUGAUAAUAUUUUUUUGAAAAAAAGAAAAUAUACAAAAAGAAAACAUAAAGAUAGAAGAAGCAUCGAUGGAAAUAAACAUCCUAGAAAUCAAAUGUCAAAAUAUGUUUCAUUUUAUAAUAAUUCGAUUAAUGAUAAAAAUUAUACCAUUCAUAAUGCAUCUAAUAUUUCAAGAACUAUUGAAAAAAAUAUAUUUGGUAAUAAUAAAAUCAAGGAAUUUAAAACAAAUAAUAACAAACCAUUGGCAAAUGAACCCUAUCAAAUUAAGGAAGAGUUUAUGAACAAUGUUAAUAGUAUUAACACUGUUUUUAAUUUUAAUGAAGAAUUUAUUAAAUUUUUAAAAAAAGUAAAUAAUUUUGAUGAUAUAGAUUAUAAUAGCAUGCUAUCCUUUUUAGGCAAUGUACAAAUUAAGUUAACUACAUCCCUAAAUGAGGAUUAUUCUACAGAAAAUUUUAAUAUUCAUAAUGUUGAUCAUACUAUUUAUGCUAUGAAAAAAAUUGUAGAUAUCCUAAAUAAUAAUAACGAAAUAUUAAGUAAGUUGAAUCAAUUAGAAUAUAAAAUUUAUUGUGAUUAUUAUAUUACAAAAAAACAAAAUUCGAUGAAAGAAUUGCAUAAUAAUACCGACAACAAUGCAAACAAACUUUCUGAGACUGAGCAUAAAGAUGAAAAUAAUUCUCAAGAUAAUCCUGAAUCCAAUAAGAAUAAAACGGGAAAUACCAAAUUAAAUGAAGACAAGGAAAACCAAACUAAUGGUGAUUUGGAACACAUUAAAGCGAAUAACAAUGAUUUAAAAGUAAAUGACGAUAGUGGCAAAAUAUGUGAAAAUGAUAAAGAAGGAAUAUAUCAAGAAACAGAUAAUAUCAAAGAUGAUGCACAUAAUAAUAAAAAAGAAGAACCUUCAAACGAAUACAAUAUAAAUAAAUUAUAUUUUAAUAAAAAUGUCGAUUUUAUAUGUAAUGAAUUAAAUGAAUUUAUAAAAAAUACAUUAAAGAAUGAAAAUAUAUUUUAUUCUCUUUAUUCAGAUGGAAGAUAUCAUAAUACAUCUGAAAAAAGUUUAUAUAAAAAUUAUGUAUCUACUAAAUUGUAUAAGCAUAACAAUAUUAUUGAUAGAAGCAAAAUAGGAAGGAGAGAGAAAAUUAUUCUUAAUAAGUUAUACAAGAAUGGAGAAAUAUGUGAGGAAGUUAUAAAUAGAACAUCAAAAUAUGUCGAUGAAAAUGAGCCCAUGGAAGAAAAGGAUCAAUUAUUGCUAAACCGUUACACUGAAUUGUUCAGAAAAAUUAACAAUAUAAAUAAAGGUCAUAGUAAUAGUUACAAUCAAAUUAAUAAGCCAUAUAAUAAUGGGUUACAAAUAGAUCAACACACAUUAAUAAAUAAAGAUGAUAAUAUGAAUUUUCAUAAAAACCUUGAAUGUAAUUCUGUAUGCCCAAAUUGUGUAAGUGAUGUAAGUAAUGAUAAUCUUAUGAUGAGCAAAAAUGAAGUAAUGGGGAAAGCGGAUACGUUUUAUAUGUCACCAAAUAAUAGCACCAAUAUUAAUAACUCUAGUCAUAUUGAUGUUAACAAUUAUUCAACAGGGAAUACUAUUGUGGAACAUAAUAAAGAUGUGGAGUCUGAUGAAAUGGGAACUUGUUGCAAUAUGCAUGAUUGUGGUGUGAAUAACAUAAAUGAACAAUAUAAGAAAAGCAAUAAUGAUAACAAACAUAACGAUAAUUUAUGUGAAUGUUUUGAAGGAACAAUUAAUCAGGAAAGUAUGGAUGAAAUGAGUAAACUAAACAAUGCUGAAACUACAAUUACAUAUGAUGAUCUAGAAUAUAAAAACAACCCUUUGGAUAAAAAAAUUAAUGAUAAAACAAAUAUUUUUGACAAUAAUACGACGAAAGAAAAUAAUAAAAACCAAUGUUUAUUAAAUAACGGAAUAAGUAAUAUAAUGUCUGUUAAUGAUAAUGAUAACAAUGAAUCAUGUAAUUUGACACAGAUUUGCAAUACCAAUUCAGAAAAUAUAUGUGAUUCAAAUAAUUGUUGUAAUAAUAAUAUAAAUAUGGAUCAAUAUGAUUAUAAAAAAAACUUACAAUCCUUAUUAACAGAAACCCUUAACUUCAGAGAUGAUAAACUCAUGCAAAUGAAAGAGAAUAAAUCACAGAAGGAAAUGUUAAAUUGUUUAAAAAUGGUAUCAAAAAUUAAACAAAAAUUUUUUGAUGAGUGUACACAAAUGAUAAACAAUCAAAUUUUUACUUUAGAAAAAAAUUUUAGGAUUCCUGAUUGUUCCCUAUCUAUGCCCUCAAAUGAGUUAUGCUAUAAUACCAAUAGCUAA